AUGGCGCCGCAAUUUGGCCUGAACCUCCCGAAUAAGAACCCUUCGGUGCCGAAACCGGGCAAUCCUUUCGGACAGAAGCGCAAGAAGAACAUCUUCGACGACGACUCGGGAGAUGAAAUACAGAAUGAAGAUGGAGAAGUAGAAGUCUCUACAAUCGGCGGACUGGAUGCGCCAGCUCCCAAACCUUCGAAACCAUCCACGAUCGCAGGGCCGCCGCCCAAACGAAAGAUGCAAUUGGGCAGUGGCAAGCCUAGCGCUAGGCCACUGAACAAAGGCUCGAUUUUUGCGGAUGAUGAGGAUGAAGAUGAAGAGAAGGAUAAGAGACAAGGGGAGGUGCGCUUCGGAUUGAACCAGGCCCAGUCGAAGAAACCGACAGCCCCAGGCAAGGAUUACACCAACCUUUCUGCACUGCAUAGCAGCAAACAGCAUGCCAAGGAAGCUGAGGAGGUGGACCCGUCAAUUUACUCCUACGACACUGUGUACGACAGUCUACAUGCCAAGCCAGACCAGUCCGCAGCCGCCACCAAGAGCGAAACACCAAAGUAUAUGACCAACCUGCUGCGCAGCGCAGAGAUUCGGAAACGGGACCAAUUGCGAGCACGAGAUCGUCAGCUGGCCAAGGAACGAGAGGCCGAGGGCGAUGAAUUUGCCGAUAAAGAGGCAUUCGUCACCAGUGCCUACAAGGCUCAACAGGCAGAGAUGCGGAAGGUGGAAGAAGAGGAGGCACGGCGAGAAAAGGAGGAGGAAGAGCGACGGAAGCAAAAUGGCGGCGCGGGCAUGGUCGGCUUCUAUCGAGACGUACUCUCGCGAGGUGAAGAAAAACACGAACAGGCCGUCAAAGCUGCCGAGGAAGCUGCUCGCCGUAUCAAGGCAGGCGAGAUCACAGAGGACACCGCAAAGUCAGAAGAGAAGAGCGAGGAUCAAAAGGCAGAGGAUCUCAAUGCUCAGGGUGCUCGUGUUGCGGUCAACGACGAAGGCCAGGUAGUCGACAAGAGACAACUGCUGUCCGCGGGAUUGAACGUGGCACCCAAACCCAAGGCUGCUCCAUCGGCUGUUCCUACAAUGGCCGCUCGACCAGCGGGACGACCUGGUCCCAAUGCUGGCUACCAGUCCGGCCGCGCUGGCCAGCGGGCUCGCCAGACCGAGAUGAUCACCCGGCAACUGGAGGAACAGGUCCGGCAAGAGGAGGAAGCAGAAGCUGCACGACAAAUGGAGGCUGCAGAGAAGGCUCGCAGCCGCAAGACCGCCGGGGACGUUUCGAGUGCAAAAGAGCGGUAUUUGGCGAGAAAGCGGGAGCGGGAAGAGGCUGCCGCGAAGGAAAAGGCCAACGCCAAAUAA